CAUAAGUUCAGAGGCAAGCUACAGUGCUCGAUCUUGUGUUUCUCUGUGCGAAGCCAACGCAGGCACAAGGAUGAAGAAGGGUGGCGGGAAAACGAGCGGGUGCUUCUUCUGCCUCGGCGCGCCGAUGCGCGCGCUGUCCAGGGCGUGCGACCUCUACGUGGGCUGCAUGCCCGGAUGCGCGCGCCGGAUGCCGGCGGGGGCGGUCAUGGGCGGCCGCGGCUUCGGCAGGUCGGCCACGACCAUGCACCUGCGGAAGAGCUCGGACCGCGCCGACGACCUUGUCCGCGCCGCAUCCAGACAGCGCCGCGUCGCGCCCGAGCCAGCGGUCGUCGGGGCAGCGAAGAAGAAGGUCCACCUUAGCCAGGCCCCGGCGGCUGUCCCGACGGGGAGGAAGGGCCCGGCGAUGGUGACCAUCACUGAGGACGGGCCGUGCGAGUUCGGCGCCUGCCCGCUGAAACGUCCAGAGCAGAGGAGUCGCGGCGCGGCGGCGGGCGGACUGGCCGCGCGCGGCUGUGGUUUUGGUGCCAUCAAGGUGGGGGGCGAGGCAUUCGAGAGCCGAGCGUGAGCGUGACGCGUGCGUGAUAAUACUAGCUUCUAGACGUCCAUUGAUUCCACCAGUUUUUUCAUUGAUUUAUUCUUGUUGUAUAUAAACAGUUCGAUAACGAUCGCAAAUCAGCAAAUGGAACUGUCCGCAAUGGCGCGACGGUUUGGAAAUUGGAAAUGACCUUAUUUGUACGUGUUUUUAAUACUACUAUGA